CCUUUUCAUCUUCGCGAGGCAGAAGGAUACUGCGAGCUGAUUGGCUGCCUGCAGCUGACUUAUGGCUCAUCCAGCACACCGAACUGAGCGCAGCUCUCAGUUAGCGCCUCUCCCCUUGAUAACCCGCGCUACUGCGGUCCGCUCCUCAUCAAAACACACACACUCUCACUACCAACACACACACACGCCCUCAUGAGCGCUCCAGACCGGCCGCUGCAGCCAGCUGACUUCACCUGAAAGCUCAGAGCGGAGCGAAGCCACCAAACAAUGCGAGUUUACUGCAUUAUGCGCUGCCGCAGGUUGUUGUUGCUUUUGCGCUUUUUUCGGAGGUAACCUCGGAGGUGUCCGCUCUGCAUGCCAUGAUCAUGGACUGCCUGUUUCUACUGAUAUGGACUUUACCCGUCCCGCCGGUCGGCUGCAGCAGAGUCAAGUUUCUCUCCACCUUCUUGACUUGGAGCAUCGUUAAGACUCUGCACAUUUAUUGCACACACGCCUCCCACUCUGCUACGGCCAGCUACUCUUCCAGCCAUAGCCACGGAUUAAAUUAUGACUACGUGUUUGUAACACCAGUGGAGGUGGACUCUGAUGGCACAUAUCUGACGCACGAUGUCACCAGGAGAGGCCGUCGCAGCAGGAGGUCCCUGUCUCUUUCCUUGCACUAUCGGCUGUCUGCCUUUGGGCAGGACAUGUACCUGGACCUGCUUCCGUCCUCUGUGGUCGGCCCGGGGUUCACCGUGCAGACGGUCGGAUCGGACGGCAUCUCCACGGUGAUAGGCGAUGAGGGGCUCCACCACUGUUUGUAUCAGGGAUUUAUUCGCAACGUGUCAGCCUCCUCGGCCGCCAUAUCAACAUGUUCCGGACUGGCAGGCCUGAUCCGGGUCGCUAACGAGGAGUACUUGAUCGCUCCGCUACCUCAACAUCUGGCCGACCGGCACAACUACAGCGCCCCCUAUGGUCAUCACCCGCAUGUGGUCUACAAGCGCUCCGCAGAGCACGUUGUUCACCGAAGAUCGAGCAGCGAUGAGAACCCCUACCGCUCCCAUCAUCAGCACCAAGCGCAGACACACCACGACUACCAACACGGAAAACCGCAGCGGCAACACUUCUGCGGGCGCCGCAAGCAAUAUGCUCCCCAGCCUCCCGUUGGGGACCUCUUCAUCUUGCCGGAUGAGUUUGCUGCGCCCGAGGUGGAAGAGCCCGGGCGGGCGAGGAGAUCGCCCAUCAACUCCAACAGGGUGGGAGGUCUGAAUGUGGAGACCCUGGUGGUGGCAGACAGGAAGAUGCUGGAAAAACACGGCAGGGAGAACGUCACCACCUACGUCCUCACCAUCAUGAAUAUGGUUUCCAGUCUUUUUAAAGAUGGCACCAUUGGAUCUGACAUCAACAUCGUGGUGGUCAGCUUGCUCCUGCUGGAACACGACGCCCUGGGCUUGAAUAUAAAUCACCAUGCUGACCAGUCCCUCAACAGUUUCUGUCAGUGGCAGUCGGGUCUGGUGGGGAAAGGAGGUAAACGGCACGACCAUGCUGUUCUUCUCACCGGACUUGACAUUUGCUCUUGGAAGAACGAGCCCUGUGACACCCUGGGUUUCGCCCCUAUCAGCGGCAUGUGCAGUAAGUACAGGAGCUGCACCAUCAACGAGGAUACAGGGCUGGGCCUGGCUUUCACUAUCGCUCACGAGUCUGGACACAAUUUUGGGAUGAUCCAUGACGGGGAAGGGAACCCUUGUCGUAAGACAGAGGGCAACAUCAUGUCUCCCACUUUGGCUGGGAAUAACGGGGUCUUCUCCUGGUCCACCUGCAGUCGGCAGUACCUGAGCCGCUUCCUUGGAACAGCCCAGGCAUCUUGCCUCGGAGACGAACCCAAGCAGAUCGGUCAGUACAAGUAUCCCGAGCAGCUUCCCGGCCAGCUGUAUGACGCAGACACACAGUGCAAGUGGCAGUUCGGAUCCCAGGCCAAGCUAUGCGGCCUCGAUUUUGUCAAGGACAUCUGCAAGUCUCUUUGGUGUCACAGAGUGGGACAUCGGUGUGAGACCAAGUUCAUGCCGGCUGCAGAGGGAACCACCUGUGGUCCGGACAUGUGGUGUCGGAGGGGUCAGUGUGUGAAAUACGGCGAGCAUGGCCCCAGGGCCGUCCACGGCCAGUGGUCAGCCUGGUCCCAGUGGUCGGACUGCUCCAGAACCUGCGGAGGAGGCGUCAUGUUCAGGGAGCGAUCCUGCACCAACCCCAGGCCCCAGAACAAUGGUAAAUUCUGCCCAGGCUCGACUCGUCUCAACCAGCUGUGUAACACCAGACCCUGCCCUUCCAAUGCCUUGGACUUCCGGGCCCAGCAGUGCGCCGAGUACAACAGCAAACCCUUCAGGGGCUGGUACUACAAGUGGAAACCUUACACCAAAGUGGACGAAGAGGACAUCUGUAAACUGUACUGCAUUGCAGAAGACUUUGACUUUUUCUUUGCCAUGUCCAGCAAGGUGAAAGAUGGCACCUCCUGCUCUGACCAUAGAGAAGGUGUCUGCAUUGACGGAGUGUGUGAGGCUGUGGGUUGUGACCGUCUCCUGGGCUCCAAGGCCUCCCUGGAUGCCUGUGGGGUCUGUAAGGGCGACAACUCCACUUGCAAGUUUUUUAAGGGCCAGUACACCCUGCAGCACCGGGCUAACGAGUAUUACUCUAUGGUGACAGUGCCGGCUGGAGCUAGGGGCAUCCACAUUCAGGAGAUGGAGGUGUCCACCAGCUACCUGGCUGUACGUUCCCUCAAGAAAAAGUACUACCUGACUGGGGAUUGGACCGUGGACUGGCCAGGGAGGUUUUACUUUGGUGGGACUGUGUUCGACUACCAGCGCUCUUUCAACAAACCGGAGAGCCUGUACGCUUUUGGUCCCACUAACGAGACUCUGGUGUUUGAAAUCCUUCUUCAGGGAAAGAACCCAGGGGUGGUUUGGGAGUACACUAUGCCCCGCACUGAGAGGAAACCUGAGUACAGCUGGGGUGUGGUUCGCUCGGACUGCUCUGCUCCGUGUGCUGGAGGUCGCAUCUCCAGCAAGGCCAUCUGCCUGCAGGACCACCGCACCCAGGCCAACUCCAGCAUGUGCAACCCCCACACCAGGCCCGCUCUAGGUUCCCAUCUCUGCAACACGCAGCCCUGUCCAGCCUACUGGGCCCCAGGGGACUGGGGGCCCUGCAGCCGCUCCUGUGGGGGGGGCCAGCAGACCAGGGCGCUGCGCUGCAUGAGGAAGGUGACCUACCAGCGGGACGAGGCGGCGGCGCACUCCCUCUGUCCCGUCAUCUCUCCGGCCCAAAUCCAGCCGUGCCACACCCAGGCCUGCCCGCCGGAGUGGAGCUCAGGGUCCUGGUCCCAGUGCUCCAAAUCGUGCGGCCGCGGCCUGAGGAAGCGGACCGUGUUCUGCCGCAGCACGGAUCCCGGCGCCCACGCGGUGGUGGUGCCCGACAGCAUGUGCAGGCAGCACCACAGGCCCAAAGCCCAGGAGACGUGCGUCCUGAGGCGCUGCCCCAGGAACGACAGGCUGCAGUGGAUCCCGACGCCCUGGGGAGAGUGCUCCAGGUCCUGUGGCUCAGGCGUCCAGAGAAGAGAGCUUCGCUGUGGGGAGAGAGACCCACAGGGAGGGUAUGUGGAGUAUCCCGUGCGGCGGUGCAGAAAUACGGCCAAACCUUCACUGGAUCUCCAGCAGGUCUGCAGUGGAGCGCCGUGCCCAGAGCGCCCCCGGGUGGUCCCUGGCAGAACAGCGUCCGGCGCCUCCGUGUCAGGCUGGUUCCCGUCUCCCUGGCAGCAGUGCUCUGUGUCCUGCGGAGGAGGGGUUCAGACUCGAACCGUCCAGUGUCUCCAGCAAGGUCGCCCCCAGGCCGGCUGCCCGGCCCACCAGAGGCCUGUCGCUUCCAGGGCGUGCAACACAAACUUUUGCCCCGCGGCUCCCCCAGGACCGGCACCUCGCCUCGGUAACCGGGUCCCGGCCACUGGACCCGGUCUGAAAGAUGAGCGCUGCGUCGAUCACUUCAACUGGUGCCACUUGGUCCCGCAGCACGGCGUCUGUAGCCACAGGUUCUACGGACAGCAGUGCUGCAAGUCCUGCUCCAGCAAGAAGCCGUAGAUCCGUCUGCGCUCUCGGUUUUGUGCCGUCGCCUUCGCUCGCGACACACACAGAAACUCUGCCCCAAAGUCGUGUGUUUUCCUCCUGGAGUUCUUGACUGACGCAAAGCAGUGGAGAAGCACAAGAGACGUUGCACCGACUCAAGUCACGGUCUCCGUUACAGAGGGGAAAGCAGCUGCUGGCGCUCCUCUGCCAAAGCAAUGACUUCAUAUGUAUGUACAUAUAUGUACCUGGUCACAAAUCUUCUAGCUUUUGAGAUCUCUGAAAAUAGAGAGCCAUCGAAGGAACAGAGCUUUCUCACAUGUUGUAUAUUUAAAGGCAAAUGGUGACAUGUGUCUUUUUUUUUUUUUAAGUUAUUAUGUUAUAUCAUUUUCUAUUUUGUCCAUCCAUGCAGCGUGUCCAGCUGUACGGCAGGCCUGUGCUAGCCAUCAGGUUUUAGUAAUCGGAGAUGAUCAGUUCUCCUUCACACAUCAUCUGCAUCUGGAUCACAAUAGGACUUUUUUUUUUUUUUCCACCCGUGUGUCAAUGCAAUGAAAACCUGACUCUUCUGCUCACCUAAACAUUUCCUUCAGCUGUGCUGCAACGGUCACCUUUUUCCUUCCCCGCAUAUAUCUGUGGUUUAAAAAAAAAAAACACCAAACAACUUGGACAUCUAUGCGUCGUUUCUUUUUCCUUCCCGGCGUUCUAUCGAUUGCCGGCAGAAUGAGGUGCAUAAUGAGCGAGGCGAUCUGCGGGCCUCAGGGAGGGGAGAGAGGAGGAGGAGGGUGAAGAGCGAGAGAAGAGGAUGAUUGCCUGACGAGCGUGGGUGCAGUCUAGAUAGCAAGUGCUUGUUAAGAGAGGGGGAAAAAAAACAAUGUAGGUGUGUUCUCCAACAGGAGUCUGGUCAAAAUGUUGGGAUGACGCACGUUCAGUUCGAUGGCCGGAAAACAUGAAAGGCGACGAUCUGAAUGCUUCUCUUUACUCCUGGACGGAGGCAUGCCUCCCGUUAACCGCUCGCAAAAACAAACGGACACGAGGUUUAGAACAGAGUAUACGCCUCAUGGUGAAUAAUGAGCGUCUCUUCCGCCAAUAACGGCGCCUGCCAGCCGUUUGCCUGAAUGGAUUUCAGCAUGACACUGACAAAAACUGAGUCUUACUGUUGAGACGCCACUGGAGGAAGUUAACCUUUUUGUUUUAAAAACAGAGAAACCAAUUAGGUUUUUUAGUAUGUUUCUCAUUCAUUUAUGCAGUCGAAGAGCCAGAAUCCGAGAGUGAAUUGUGUACGGUGGCCCAGAGGGGUCAGCAAAAUGUGAAAGCUGCAAUGGAACAACAGAAGCCACAGUGAAAGUUAAAACAGGAGUUAUGCUAAUAUGAAAUUUAUGCUAAAACAUAGCUAUGCUAAAACAAAUUUUAAUACAAUGUAGCUAUGCUAAGACAGAAGUUGUGCUAAAACACAUGUAAUGCUAAAGUGGAAUAUAUGCUAGACCAGAAGUUACGCUAAACCAAGGGUAUAUGCUGAAACAGAACAUACGCUAAAAACAGAAGUUACGCUAAAACACAAGUGAUGCUAAAAUGGAAUUUAUAUUAAACCAGAAUAUAUGCUAACAUAGAGUAGAAGCUAAAAUUAGAAGUUAUGCUAAGGCACAAGUAAUGCUAAAAUGGAAUUUACCAAUCCAGAGUAUAUGCUAAAACAGAAGUCAUGCAAAAUGCAUGCUAAAAGCAGAAGCUAUAAACUUACUAACAUAACAACAAUUUUAGCAUAUCUUUCAUGCCAGCAUAAAUUCUGUUUUAGCGAAACCUCUGUUAAGGUAUAAAUACUGUUGUGGCUUUCGAUGUGUUACAACGUUAACAUUUUGUUGACCCUUCUGGGCCACCAUACAGUGUUCAAAAUGUGCACACAUUCAUUCAUUUUGUGUCAAUUUACUGUUUUUUUUACAGAGCUUGAGUGGCUACAGAUGCAUUUUUGAAAAGUUUGUUUUCAUCAGAUAAUAUUCAGGUGGUUUGUGACACAGAGACUAAAAACGCAGAUGUCUUCACAAAAAAAAGGUUUGUUGCAGGUACAAAAUAAAUAAAAUUAGAAAUAUAUCAAUAUAAAAAUAAGGAUACAAUAUGUGUGAUAUUUUUUUUGGAAAGUUAAUUACUGGCCUUUUAUGACCUUGAAAUGAUUGUGUGUGGCUCGAAGCAGAUAGAUUUAGUUUUUUUUGCUACAUUUUAAGAGGUUCGGGGGAUUUUCCAGUUAACAAUGUCCACUUCUUGUUACUGAGAAAAAAAUAUUUAUUGACAAAGCAAUUCAAAGUCCAUAGUGCUUACAUUAUAAAAACAAAACACAUGAAACAAGCAACAAUUAUUACAUUUUGUCAAUUGCCAUCAUCAAAAUCACGGAGAUUUUUAAUCAAAGGCAGCUCUAAACAGGGCAGCUUUUAGACUUAAUUUAGCCUAAAAGCCAGUGGUUCAGCAGUUUUGCAGUUUUCUGGAAGUUUGUUCCAGAUUUGCGGUGCAUAAAAACUGAAUGCUGCCUAAUGUUCAUCCUUGUUGAUUGAUCUUUAUUGAACCUGGAUAGUGAUAUUGUCUUGUUUUUUGUGCGUAUUUGACCGCUUAAUACGGAAAACUGCCUGCCAACCUGACACAUGAGAUAAAGUUUUAAUUCAAGAAGCCAGUCAAGAUUUAUGCUAACCAAACAUUGUUUGUCCUGUGGUGAUUACGGCACCCCUGCUUGCUCUAUGGGCGCCGCGAUUGCUCUUUAAUCAGAUGCGUCUGCAUGAGUCAGUGAGCUCGAGAGCUUUUUCAACAUUGGUGUGACUGCAUAUUUGAACUGCUUUCCUCAAUGCUGAAUUACAAGAGUCUGUUUUAAAGGCGCUGAGGGGAUGUUUGUGCAGUGUGCACUGCAAAAACACCAAAUCUUAUCUAGUAUUUUCUGUUUUAUAUGACUUGGAAAAAAUGUUUUGUUAUAUGUGAAAUAGCCUGCCAGUGGAACUAGUACUUCUUAAAACCAAUAUCAAAGAAUGAAUUACUUGGUAGUCAGUUUUGUCUUAUUUCAAACACUAACAUACUUGCACUUAUACUUACUAACAUAUUUGCACUAAAAACUAGACCAAAAAUACAAAGAUUUAGUGUGUUUUUUCCAGUGUGUGUAGCAUUUUUAACAGCUCACCUGAUGGGAGAGUUUCUCUUACCUUACAUCUUAUUGCAGAUGUUUGUCAAUUUCUUUCAUCCAUAUUGGUUCAUAAUGACAUAUUUUUAAUUAUCCUAAUGUAGGAACCUACAUAAAAGUUAAAUGUUGAUUCAGAAUUUUUAUUAGAACAAUCACAUGUUAGCAAGGAAAUGUUUCUGCAGCCAAACAUAUUAAAAAGGCCAAUCUACUGUGAAAACCCUGAGGAUGAACACAUGGAACACAAUUAAACUAAGAGGUUUCGCAAAUGAUGGCGCUAUUUACACAUUUAUUUAUCUCUAUUUUAUUGUAUGUAUUUUAGACUCAAAUAUUUGUUCUUCUGUACCAGAACCAAACACAGAGAGAAGUGACAUUCAGCUUCUAUGCUGCACAAAUCUGGAAGAAAAAAGAAACUUCUAGAAAACUGUAAAACU